UUAUUACAAUUUUCGUAAUCCUGGGACCUGGAUUUUGCUUUUUUGGUGGCUGAUUAUCACCGAAUUAGGCUGUAUUCGGAGCCGUAUUUUCAGUACAAAAUGUACAUAAAGUCAGUGACCAUAGAUGGAUUUAAAUCCUACGCUCAAAGAACGGAAAUUAGUGGAUUUGACUAUUUGUUCAACGCGAUUACUGGACUGAACGGCAGUGGAAAGUCUAAUAUUUUGGACGCGAUUUGUUUUCUUCUGGGAAUAUCUAAUUUAUCUCAGGUACGAGCUUCAAAUCUUCAAGAUCUUGUUUAUAAAAAUGGACAAGCCGGAAUCAACAAAGCUACAGUAUCAAUCACGUUUGAUAAUUCUGUAAAGGAACAAAGCCCGCUCGGAAUGGAAGCUCAUAACGAAAUCACUAUUACUCGACAAAUUGUUAUCGGCGGUCGAAAUAAAUAUUUGAUCAACGGAGUAAACGCUCAGAAUUCAAGAGUUUCUGAUCUGUUUCGUUCAGUUGGAUUGAACGUCAAUAAUCCCCAUUUCUUGAUUAUGCAAGGCAGAGUGACCAAGGUAAUGAACAUGAAACCUCCAGAAAUUCUCUCGAUGAUUGAAGAAGCGACUGGAACAAGUAUGUACGAGGCAAAGAAAGAAUCAGCUCAGAAAAUGAUUGAAAAGAAGGAAAGUAAAUUGAAUCAAAUCAAUCAAGUUUUGGAAGAGGAAAUUAUGCCGACGCUGCAAAAAUUAAGAGAUGAUCGAACUUCUUAUUUAGAAUUUCAAAAGGUUCAAAGAGAAGCCGAUAGAUUAACGAGAUUGCUGAUUGCUUACACAUUUUAUGCUACGGAACAUACAGCCAGUAAAGCUGAGGAAGAACUAGGGAAAAUGAAUAAGGAAAAAGAAAAUGCCGAACAAAAUCACCAGGAAAUAUUAAAACAAGUGGAAAUAAUGAGGGGAGAGCUCGAAAGACUGGAACACGACCGAGAUUCUGCUACAAAACAAAGUCUGAGUAGACUAGAAGCAGUUUUGAGUGAGAAACAAAAAAUUGAAGCGAAGGCUCAAAGUAACUUAAAUCAUCACAGAGACACCAUCAACACAGAAAAGAAGAAACUCCGAUCACUCGCAAAAAGUAAAUCGGAAAACGAAAAUGCGAUAAAGAAGAGCGAAAAGCAGAUAAGCGACAUGAUAAGUGCUUGGGAGACUUUAAUGACUCAAUCGAAAGAAGAUGCUGAAGCUUUUACUGCUGCAAGAAAACAGUUCCAGGCUGUGUCUGCAGGUUUUGCUGCUGCUGGAGACGGUGAGGAGUCAACAUGGCAGGGACAGUUAAUGCAAACGAAACGUAACAUCAGUGAACUACAAAGUGAAACAAAACAAGCUCACAUGAGAUUAAAACAUUCAAAAGAAGAAUUGAAAAAUAAAUCGGCUGAAAUUAAGAAAACAGAGAACGCUUACAAGAAAGACGAAGCCGUCUUAAAACAAGUUGAGUCCUCGUUCAAUAAGUUGGAAUCAGAAAUGAAGAAACUCAAUUACGAAGAUGGGAGUGAAGAAUCGCUGACUCGGCAGAAAAAAGAUCUAACAAAUAGAAUCAUUAAACUAAAAGAUCAGGUUGGAAAGUUAUACAGGCAGUUUCCAAAUCUUCAUUUUGAAUAUUCUGACCCCGAGCGUGGGUGGGAUCGCAGUAAAGUCAAAGGUCUCGUUGCGGAAAUCACUGACGUCAAAGAUUCGUCAACCGCGACUGCUCUAGAGGUCGUAGCUGGCGGUCGUUUGUAUAAUGUUGUCGUGGAUACCCAUAUCACUGGUGAAAAACUACUGAAGCAUGGCAAACUUCAACGCAGAUACACAAUCAUUCCGUUAAAUAAAGUUUCGACUCGAACAAUCUCACAAAAUGUCGUUCAACAUGCUAAAAGACUUGUAGGAGCUGACAAUGCCCAUCUUGCCCUAUCCUUGGUUGGAAGUGAACCUGAUGUUGCCAAAGCCAUGGAAUAUGUGUUUGGAUCAAGUAUUGUGUGUGAUGUCAUGGAGAACGCUAAAAAGGUUGCUUUCGAUCCAAAUGUGAAAACACGAACAGUAACUUUGGAUGGGGAAGUGUUUGACCCCUCUGGAACCCUUACAGGUGGUGCACGGUCCCGCGCUGCCCCCAUUCUUGCACAACUUAUGGAAAUGAAAGAUAUAAGAGACGAGUUGAAAAACGCAGAAGCAAAAUUGAGAGAGGUCGGAGCUGAAUUGUUGAGAGUGUCAUCUGUUGCGGAGAAAUACCGUGGAUUGAAACAUCAUUUACAAAUGAAAGAGAAAGAAUGUUCUAUGCUGAAGCAGAGGCUCCAGGAAGGAACUCACGGCCAACAACUUGAAGAAAUAGAUCGAUUGAAAUCAGUGAUGGAGGAAAGUGAAAAAUUACUGGCUUCGUCUAAGGAUAGAGAGAAUGAAAUGAUUGCAAAAUGCAAAGAACUGGAGAAAAAAAUCAAAAAUGCUCCUGCUGAACGAGAAAAGGAAUUGAAGAAAGCUGAGAAAGUUAUGAAGGAUGCAGGAGAGAAAGCUGAGAAUACUCAGGCAUCUGCUGAUGAGAAGAACAGUGAGUUAGAGGCUUUGAAAUUGCAAAAGAAGGAAUUGGAAAAUGAAAUUGUCGAAUACACAAAUCAGAGUGAGAAUACGGAAAAACAACUAGAAGAAAUGCAGAAACAAUACGAAUCGUUGAGUCAAGCAUUAGAGGAAUGUAAAAACUCUGUGAAAGAAGCAAAACAGGAUUUACAGAAACAGAGAGAAUACAUCAGGAUGAGAGAUCAGGAUAUUCAAUCCAAAGUGAGCGAAAUGACAGAAGCUCAGCAAAAGGCAAACUCACUGGAGCAUGAUAUUAAAGAACAGAAUUACGCAAUCACGAAACACGUCAAAGAAAGUCAAGAAGCCGCAAAUAAAAUCAAUCAAUUACUUGAGGAACAUGAUUGGAUCGAGCAUGAUCGGCAUCUGUUUGGACAGAAGGAUUCUUUGUAUGAUUUUGAAGCCAGCAAUCCAAAAGAUCUUUCUAGAAAGCUUUCUAAGCUUAAAGAAACCAAAGAAAAAUUAAGUAAAUCUGUUAACAUGAGAGCAAUGAGUUUGCUGGGAAAAGUUGAAGAAAAAUGUCAAGAUUUAUCAAAAAGGAAACGAAUCAUUGAAACAGAUAAAAUGAAAAUUAAACAAACCAUCGUUGAGCUGGACCAGAAGAAAAAUGAAGCUGUUACUAAAGCUUAUGAACAGGUCAAUAAAGAUUUCGGAAACAUUUUUUCAACCUUGUUGCCGGGAGCAACAGCCAAAUUGGGUCCACCAGAGGGCAGUAGUGUAUUGGCCGGUCUUGAAUUCCGUGUUGGAUUCGGUGGAGUUUGGAAAGAUAAUUUAAGUGAACUCAGCGGGGGUCAAAGGUCCCUCGUUGCUUUAUCACUCAUCUUAGCAAUGUUGCUACUGAAACCAGCCCCGAUUUAUAUCCUUGAUGAGGUUGAUGCCGCUCUUGAUCUCUCUCACACUCAAAACAUUGGGCGAAUGUUGCGGGAGCAUUUCAAAAAAUCACAAUUUAUAGUCGUUUCACUCAAAGAUGGAAUGUUCAACAAUGCCAAUGUUCUUUUCCGAACAAAAUUUGUCGACGGGGUUUCGACCGUUACUCGAUUUACUCAAUCAUCGUCAUCUUCUGGGGGUCGUGACCCCUUAGCUUCAAUCACUGUUCCUGGGCCCACUUCGUCCCGAGCUUCGAAACCUGGGGCUCGGGGUGAUGGUGCCGCUAGGAAGCGAGCUAAAGUUUAAUUGUCGGAUAUUUAAAAAUAAAUUUAUUCCAGUUUUUCAGGGUUUCAGGAAACAGGAGGACAAAGUUGAAUCCUACUCUCUUCGAUCCCUCAGAAUUUCUUUCAGUUUUUGUGGCGACACAGCUUUAAUAGAAAAACAUCUUCUUCUAUACACAAAAUUGUGUGGACCUAUUUCAAUUUACGGAUGUUCAUCCUGUAAUGCCUAAGUCUUUUAAUCAUGCUCAAUAUUGGGUCUAUCAGUGCGGGGUUCGCGUACCCCUAUUUGUGAAUCUUAGUUUAGACCAGGUGUUCCCAAGCUUUUUUCAGGGUGACCCCAAGGACAACUUCCAAGUGUCCAGUGCGACCCCAGGUCAAUAUAUAUUUUUCAUGAAACUUUCUUUCACCGGGCUUACGUACAUUUCUAUAGCAUAAGCACAUAGCGAUGCUUAUGGGCCUGUUUUACAGUAAGCCAUGGUAAAAACUGCUAAUUGUAACAUGGUUUGACAAUUCUUAGAUAAUUCGUACAUCCAUCCUCUACCUUACCUCAUCGACCCCAUGACCUGUUUGCGACCCUACCUACUUAUCA